AUUUUUCUACUUUUUUUAUUAUUAUUUUUUUUUAUUUUUUUAUUAUAAAAACAUAUGGUGGCUCCUAUUAUUAUUGAUGUUGAUAUUCAAACUCAAUCAUUUGAUUCCCUUUUUCAACAAAUUCCCAAUUUACUUAUUUCUCAACAUAAGAUUCAUCUCGUCCAUUUAUCUGAUAUAUUGGCCAUUUAUAAUCAAGAUACUACACUUGAUAGUUUGAAACAAGAAUUAUAUCGAUUACGUUUUUCUAUUUGGCGAUUCUUUUAUUUGGAUUAUGAAAACCUGAUCAAAUCAAGCAACUUUGUCCUGUACUACCAAUUUGAACCUCAGUAUCAAAUAUCUUUUUUUAAAACUUUUAUAUUCGAAUUGAAUAAGGUGCACGAUUUUUGUACUGUCAAAGGUGGUGAAAUUGAUCGAAGAUUGACAUUUAUUAAUUGUUCAUCUUCUUCCAUCCAAACACUGGACAGCUAUAUGGAUAUGCGUGAUACAUUGGAUGAAUUGACAUAUGAUAUUCAAGAUUUAUGGCAUUUUAUCAAGUUAAAUUAUCGCGCUUUUUUGGCUAUUGUCUAUCAUCUUGAUACAGCUAUCGAAAACAACAAUCAUCAACAAUAUGAUCGAAUGAAAACAAAUCUUUUUCUACAAAAACUUUACCGUCUAUUAUUACCGCACCAAUUUUUGGAUUUGGAUCUAUUCUUACGAUGGGCUUUAGACCUUGGGGAACUAUAUCGACAUCGUCUUUAUUCAGGUUGUACGGAUCUUCAACUUGCUACUACUUGUAUGAAUGAUGUUGGGAAUUACUUUGGACAGUCUGAUCUGCUUUCACUAUCUGACAUCACAUCUCCAAUUACCUAUCUUACAAAAUUUGAUAUGACUGGUGACUUUUACAAUAUCUCCACUUACUCUCUUCCAUCAACUGAUUUACCUCAAGCAGCAAUGACUCUAUCUAUUCCACCACCACCAUCAUCUCCUAUCAGUGGCCCAACGACAUGUCUUGAUCAUUUGUCACCAACUUCCUCCUCCUACUCGGAUCGCGAUUCAUUUUGUACUGGUGUAUCUUCACACCAAUCUCAGAUCGAUGAAACCACAGUUCAUUCAAACAAUUCCGAUGACAACAUAGAUGAUCAUUCAACUUGUUCUACCGGUAAUACAUUGAAAUUUUGGAUUCAUCCCGACAAUAUAUUGGAAGUCAUCAUGUAUCUAGCAAAAUUCAUGGAGGUUACAAAUCAUUAUAAUGCUUUUUAUCCAGCAGCAAAGUAUGAAAUUGACAAUCCUGAACAUAUUCCUCAUCAUGACGACGCGCUCCACCAACAAUAUUCCGCAUCAAAAAACGAAAGACGUCAUGGUCAAUACGUUACCACUAUACAUUUGGAUACACCUGAUCUAUCAAACUAUACACAGCAUGUUACACAGUGCAAUGAUGACCCUUCACUUACCAGCAAAGGAACGAUAGCCCAUCUACGACUACGACAAUACCACAAUGGUAGUGUUAACAACAAUGAUGAAAGCGCUACAGUCAAAAAAAGUGAUAACGACUCUUCCACCACCACCUUUUACGCCUUGGAGAAGAAAGUAUACAUGUCCAAUGAAUCAUCAUCAUCGGUGUUACCAUCACCGCCAAACUCCAGGGCUAUGUCUACUGUUGACAGAAAUAAAAAGUUAGGUAAAAAGCCAUAUUACUAUCAACAAUAUCAACGACGAUAUGAUCGACCGUCAUCCACAACCAUCGGCAAUGAUAUCAACAAUCAAGGUCAAUCUCUUAUUCCAGCUUGCAGUGCUACAUCCAUCAUUACUAACCUAUCAUCGGAUGCCACCACAAUGGAAGUUGACAAUUUUAUAAAUGAUGACGACGAGUCGACAAGUAUGGAACAACUUCAACACUAUGGUAAUAUCAUUCCUUCACAUUAUUCUUCCAUGUUGUAUAGUCGUAUCUGGAUCAAGUCGAAGCGAUGCAAACCUUGGUUGAAUCAUCAAUGGUCUCUCUUAAAUAUCUUGGACAAGUCUUCAUCAAAAUAUCCUCAUCGUUAUUAUUAUUACAAGAAAUACAAAAAUUGUGGAACUGAUGAGGAACUUGUUGAACAAAAGGUGAUGGAGAUGGAACAAGAUUUACGAGCACUCAAUCUGAUACCAGUAUUGAAAUCAUCAUACAAUCGCAUGGGUUUCAAAUGGAAGGAUCAACAAAAUGGAACUACUCUUUCAGGAAAUGGAUGUGAUGAUCAACAAUAUAAGCAAAUGACAAUUACUAUCGACACUGACAUUACUAUGGCACCAUAUGAUAUCAAUCAAGUGAUGAAAGGUACACCAGCAUAUCAAGAUGAUUAUCCCUGUAUUACUCUACCACCCAAUAGUGUCACUCGCUUUCCUUUUGCUGUGAUACAAAUCAAUCUUUCGCAGGAUCUUGAUGUUUUCACUACUGUUAAAUCAUCCUCGCCUACCACUGCUUCUUUAUAUUGGUUCAAAAGAUUCUUAUCUUGUCCUCUGCUGGAACCGGUUCAAGAUUUCUCUUUGUAUCUUCAUGGAAUCAGUACCCUUUUACCAAACAAAGCGAUCGUCCAUCCACAUUGGCAUAAAAAAUUGAAAUGGGAUUUGCGCCGAACUGACAAUCAAGGAUACUUGUCAGGAAUGGGACGUACUUAUCAUCAAGAUCACCAUCAUCAUCGACAGCGACGACAACGUAGCAAUAAGAGCAGUAGCCAGGAUAGUACUAACGAUGCAACAACAGCGCCAUGGAGCUUUUGCAACACUACACUCACAGCAUCUUCUAGUAAAAGCGGCAAAAACAUACCAGAUCGAAACAAUAUACGAGCAUCCACACCAGAGCCUAUGAGCACAACAAAUACUUCCAUUGAAUCUACAAAAGAGCAACAACAACGAUCUUCGCCAUCUGAUCAUUAUAAAAAAGAUAUUGAAAAUGGUUUGACGUCUUCCACGACAUCAUCUCGACAGUCAAUGGAUUUUCAUAAUGACGAAAAUGAUAGCAGCACCAACAUAAAACUCACUAUUCAAUUAUCAUCGCCCAGGUACUCUCCAAGUGAACGUACGCCCUUGUUGGAAAUAACAUCAAGAACAAGCUUGAAAGAUGACUAUUGCUGCCUAGAUCAAGGCGUCACAUCAACAAAAUUACAAUCUGAUAAUUACCCAACUCGUCUUCCUCCAACCUCUCAGGACAAAGGAAUUUAUUCAUCCUCAUAUUCAUCAUCACGUAUACUCAGAAUGAUUUUCAAAAUAUGGUUACAUCUUACGACUCUAUUUGAUCAACCCGAUCAUUUUGGAAUGAACGGAUUCAACAAUGAACAAGAAAUUGAUUAUGAUCAUCAGCAGCAUCAACACAAUCAUUUGGUAAUAAACGUACUUCCAGAAAGUGAAGUGGACAACAAUGAUAGAAAAAGAACAAGCAACUUGAUGACACAUACUAUAGCAACAAUGAAAAGACCUAUUCCUUUGACUAUGCUCUGUGGUAUUGGAUCCUUUAUGGUCGCAUUUGUGCUUUACUUACUAGUGGAUGAUUUAUGAUGAUGAUGGUUCCUUUUUUUUUUUUUUUAUGAUUCCC